AGACCCUUCAAGUGUACUCGGUGUGAAAAGUGUUUCAGAAAAUCAUCAAACUUGAAAGCACACUUGUUAAUACAUACCAAUGAAACGCCCUUCAAAUGUACUCAGUGUGAAAAGUGUUUCAGACAAUCAUCAAACUUGAAAGCACACUUGUUAAUACAUACCAAUGAAAGGCCCUUCAAAUGUACUCAGUGUGAAAAGUGUUUCAGAUAUUCAUCAGACUUGAAAAGACACUUGUUAAUACAUACCAAUGAAAGGCCCUUCAAAUGUACUCAGUGUGAAAAGUGUUUCAGAUAGUCAUCAGACUUGAAAAGACACUUGUUAAUACAUACCAAUGAAAGGCCCUUCAAAUGUACUCAGUGUGAAAAGUGUUUCAGAUAUUCAUCAAGCUUGAAAGGACACUUGUUAAUACAUACCAAUGAAAGGCCCUUCAAAUGUACUCAAUGUGAAAAGUGUUUCACACGUUCAUCAAGUUUGAAAAGACACUUGUUAAUACAUACCAAUGAAAGGCCCUUCAAAUGCACUCGGUGCAAAAAAUGUUUCCGACGAUCAAGUACCCUGCAAGACCAUUUGCGGAUACACAGUGGCGAAAGACCCUUCAAAUGUACUCAAUGUGAAAAGUGUUUCACACAUUCAUCAAGUUUGAAAGGACACUUGUUAAUACAUACUAAUGAAACGCCCUUUAAAUGCACUCGGUGUAAAAAGUGUUUCCGCAACUCAUCUCACUUACAAGUCCAUUUGCGGAUACACAGUGGAGAAAGACCCUUCCAGUGUACUCAGUGUGACAAAUGUUUCACCAGGAAACAGACAUUGUUUUAUCACAAAAGAAAAUUCCAUUCUGAUUCACCUCACAAA